CCUAGGUUAUAGCGGUAGUAUAUCCGACAAGGCAACACCAAUAGGCUAUUGUUUGUAUUCAUGGGCGUACAAUUACCACGAUGAAAAUAAGAGUGGUGUUGAAGAAAUGCCGAUGAGGCCACGUAUUUAGCCUAUUCAACGUGAUGUCAGAGUGUCCUGUAGGCUACAUUUCGCAUUUGCCCUUGCAUCAACAAAGGACAUUAUAUCGCGACGCUUAUCCUGGAAUUGUAAAUGGAUGAGACUGCGCCAGCGGGGGAGGCCGGGGGAGGCAUGCCCACAUCGGGGGCGGGUAGAUCGGACCAGAUGGAUACGGCCGGCCUCUCUCUCAAGCUGCAUUCUGGAGACAUGGAAGACGCUGGUCCUAGGAGGGCUACAAUAACAAGCGAGAUGCCGUCCCCCACAGCUCAGGGUCUAGGCCCAGGUCAGGAGAAGAAGAUCGGCCACAGGAGAGUGGACGCCUCUGGAGAGACCACCUACAAGAAGACCACGUCCUCUGCCCUGAAAGGUGCCAUCCAGCUGGGCAUCGGCUACACGGUGGGCAACCUGAGCUCCAAGCCAGAGAGAGAUGUCCUCAUGCAGGACUUCUAUGUGGUGGAGAGCAUUUUCUUCCCCAGUGAGGGCAGUAACCUGACUCCUGCACAUCACUACCCAGACUUCAGGUUUAAGACCUACGCCCCAGUGGCCUUCCGCUACUUCAGAGAGCUGUUUGGGAUCCGACCCGAUGACUACCUGUACUCUCUAUGCAAUGAGCCCCUAAUCGAGCUGUCCAAUCCCGGUGCCAGCGGCUCCAUAUUCUACGUAACCAGGGACGACGAGUUCAUCAUCAAAACAGUCAAUGCCAAGGAGGCGGAGUUUCUGCAGAAACUACUCCCGGGAUACUACAUGAAUCUGAAUCAGAACCCGAGGACCCUGCUUCCUAAGUUCUUUGGUCUCUACUGCGUCCAGUCUGGGGGUAAAAACAUCCGUAUCGUGGUCAUGAACAAUGUGUUACCGCGCGCCGUCCGCAUGCACCUCAAGUUCGACCUGAAGGGCUCCACGUAUAAACGGCGUGCGUCGAAGAAAGAGAGGGAGAAAUCGAAUCCCACCUUUAAAGAUCUGGACUUUAUAGCAGAUGUACCGGAAGGACUGACCCUGGAUCAGGAUACAUACAGCGCCCUGCUAAAGACCCUACAGAGAGACUGUCUGGUGCUCGAGAGCUUUAAGAUCAUGGACUACAGUCUACUGCUGGGGGUCCAUAACCUGGGCCUGGCUGUGAGAGAGUCCCAGGGCUCACCAGCAGGGGGCGAUGAAAAGAAGCCUCAGGCCCAGAGAGCCCUCUACUCUACUGCCAUGGAGUCUAUACAGGGAGGGAAGGCUUGUAGAGACACAUUAGACCACGAUGCUACGAUGGGUGGUAUUCCUGCUGUGGAUGGUAAAGGAGAACGUCUCCUUCUCUUUAUUGGAAUUAUCGACAUCCUGCAGUCCUACAGGCUAAUCAAGAAACUGGAGCACUCGUGGAAGUCUCUGAUCAGUGACGGGGACACAGUGUCUGUCCACAGGCCCAGUUUCUAUGCAGACAGGUUCUACAAGUUCUGCAGCACCACUGUCUUUAGAAAGAGCUGCUCCCUGAGGUCUUCUCCUUCCAAGAGAGGGCGAGGGGGGGCUCUGCCUGCACCCAAAAACAGUGUCCAAACACAGCUUUCCGUGGAGAGAGAGGAGAACCAGGAGAACGAAGACCUGCACCUCAGAGGGGCUCGUGGCUUCCCUCUGCUGGAGGAGGACGGUCUGAGAGAGCAUCCCCACACUCCUCCGUCUUUUGAGGAUGCGACCACAGCAUCCAUCGCUACCACUCUCUCUUCAAACAACUCUCUCCCUACCACACCCUUUGAUACACCAGAACACCCACGCUUCAGGAGGCCAACCCACUCUCCACGGGACCGUGAGGGGAGUUUCAGGCCACAGCAGGAAGUAGUGGCGGUGCACGAGCAGACCAUCACUGUAGCUGUAGAGGUGAAGAGGGAACCUACAACCAGUGUGGUUCCAGAGGACCUUCAGGACUCUAAAGCAACAGAGGAGGAAGUCAUCACACAGACCACAGCUGCUUCCCCCACUUCCUCUACACCUCCUUCAACCCCUCCUCCAUCCUCCACUACUCCCUGCUCAGUCCCACCAGCAUCCACUCUCCCUCGCUCCCUUCCUCCCUCAGUCCCUUCCUCCUCUGCCCCUCACCCUCACUCUAACUCCACUCUCCCUUCUUCUUCCACUCGUCCUUUCUCCACCAAUCAAUCAUCAGCUCACAUCGCCUCCACCCUUCCACCCUCUGCAGUCCCUCCAGCCUCCAACUCGCCCUCUUCCACCACUCCCGCCUCCACCCUUCCCUCCUCCCCCCACCAUUCUUCCCCCCUCCUUCCAAGCACCCCUCCCUCCUCUCUCCCUCCGAGUCCCCAGGUGACAGCAGAACGCUUUUCGUCCAAUCAUCUGUCUGUCACCUCGUCCAUCAGCCACAACUCACUGGAGGGGGAGGUGCCAGUCUCAGACAUCUACUUUAAUCAGGAGGACAGGAGCUGGGUGUACUCUCCUCUGCACUACGGCUCAGAGUCCAGACCUGGCUCUGACGGGGAGAGCGAGACAUAAGUUGAGUGGAGUCUCCAAUGUAAGCGAAUCACUUUGAGAGGAUUGAAGACUACAGACAGAAGCCGUGAUGCUUUGCGUCGCUCCAGGAAGCUCUAUGAAGCUUCUACAGCAUUGUGUAACCCUUGUGGCCCAAUCUGCAUGUGAAGGCUUGUUUUACCCACAUGGAUGGAGAAGGAUUCUGUGGGAAAAAAAUGAAUGAAAUGUUAUUUCUCUGCUUUGGCAACACCUUCGUAACACACACGCAUGCUAACACACACGUCUUCACACUCACACACCCUAACAUUGUCCUAUACAAGUAUGCAACAAUAAUGUGCCCUUUGCUGCAAAAUCAACUCAUAAACAUGAAAAAUAUGCAUAAUCUUCAAUGGGAGUAUUUUGAAUAAAACCAUAUUGCAACCAUUUCCAAACAUCAGGCUGCCCAGAGAGACUAUCGUAAUAGUACUUUAGUUGGUCUUGUUGUGUUAAGAAUGAUAUUUGUCUUUUGUUAACUGUGCUGUAAUAUCACAAAUGGAAUAUCAUGUGUUAUAUUGUCUUGGUCAGGUUUUUGACUCCUAUGGUUAAAUGUUGGAGAGUUUUGUCUUUUUAUGAAGCAGAACUUUGUUUUUCUCAAGUUGUUUAUAAUGUUUUGUGGUGUUCACUGGUCUGAUGGUGGUGGUUUCAAAUUCAGCUCAAUCAAUAAUGUAAGUUGAGAAUCGUGAACAUUUCUGUCUGGAAUUGUGCUGUGCUCCGUGUUCUCACAGGGCAUACUAAAGUCUUCACAAUGGUCAUGAAAACCUGAACAUUUUAUUUCAUUAUUAGCCCUCUAAAACUAUCAUUUUGUAAAUGUUUUUUUUUAACCAUAUCUUUGUCAUUGUUUUACAUUUAAAUGUUACAUUUGAGUAAUCUAGCAGAAGCUCUUAUCCAGAGAAACCUACAGUUAGUUGGUGCAUUCAUGUUAAGAUAGCUAGGUGGGACAAUCGCAUAGCAUAUGCAUAGUGAGGACACAUUUCCUCAAUAAAGGAGCUAUCAGCAAAGUCAGAGCUAGAAAGGGGGGGGGGGGGACAAGCGGUCAGUUUUUAUUUGUUGAAUUAUUUGUUUCCUCUAUUGCUGGGGAUUGUUUUUUUGUGUUUUUUUAGAUAUACUGAACAAAUGUGAUAUAAGAUCAUAUAAAUGUGUUAUUAUUGCCUUACUGAGAAAUAUUCCCCUGGUCAGUUUCCUUUAAAAAAAAAUAAUUUUGAUCAAAUGGGCCAGGGUAGGUGUAAUAUAAAAUAUGGUAAUAUAUGCCAUUUAGCAGACGCUUUAAUCCUAAACGAAUCACAGUCAUGCAUCCAUUUGUACCGAUGGGUGGCUCCAGCGGGAAUCAAACCCACCACCCUUGGAGUUGCAAGCGACUGAGCCACACACAGGACCAACACAGUGUGUUGAACUUCAGCGUAACUUUCAAAAAUAAUAAUAUGAUUAUCAUUAUUUUUAAAAUACUCAAUUAUAAGAGGUCCAUACACUCCUCAGUAGUUCUAUAAUGUCAUUCUUCAGCAUCUAAGAAGAAACAAAUAUAUUUUGUGAAUUGUAAA